UUAGGUCAUACGAUAGAACUCGAAAAUAUAUUGCCUGUACAUUUUAGAUGUUUUGCUCAUACGCUUAAUUUAUGUGCCACUACAGACAUAAAUAAAGUAAUAAAAAGCUCUGUUGAAUUGUCUUUAAUACACGACCAAGUAAUUAAAAAAUGUAAUAUUCUUUGGAAAUUAUCCGGGCGGCCAAAAUCAGCUGAAGUAAUUCAAAAUAUAUUAGGACAUACACUAAGUAGACCCGGAGAAACGCGAUGGAAUAGUUUAUACGACUCACUUCGACAAAUAUUAAGCAUUAAAAAUAAUAUUUUAAAUUUAAACAGAACUCUAUAAAUAAAUAACAAAAAUUGUUUACGGGAACAAGACUUUAAUUACAUUGAAGAACACUUAAAGUGUACAGCUCCAAUUUCGGAAGCUUUAGAUAUAAUGCAAGGCGAGGUAAAUACAUAUUAUGGUGUAGUACUACCAUGCCUAUUAGCGUUGAGAAGAAAAAUCAAAAUAUUAGCAAACCCUGACAAUAAUACUUGGAUAUACUGUAAACCUAUAAUCAAUGCAUUGUUAGAAAGUAUUGAAAAAAGAUUUGGAAAUUAUUUAGAUUUUACUUCUCCCGAAUCUCUUAAUGCUGCUAUAGCAGCAUUGUCUUAUCCGCGUUUUAAAAAACGUUGGUUGACAUGCGUUAAAACGGAAUUUCAUGAAAAGCUCUUACAAAUUUUCAAAAAAACAGCCAAUGAGAUACUUGUUGAAAAAAAUACACCAUUAGAAAUAGAAAAAUCACAUGAAAAUCAAACAACUGACGAAUUUUUUGACUUUGGAUCUUCUUCUUUGACGUUAACCGGUAUACCAAAAUCAGAAUUAGAAGUUUUACAUUACUUCGCUGAUGAAGAAAAUGACCUUCAAAAUCUAAACAAAUAUCCGACAAUCAAACAAGUAUUUAUUCGUUUUAAUACUCCGCUUCCGUCAUCAGCUCCGGUAGAAAGACUUUUCAUUUUCUACAAUGACGAAUCAACCAAAAAGCCAUAAACUAUCGGAUCAUUUAUUUGAAAAACGUGAUGUGUUAAAGGCGAAUAUAUUAUAAAAAUGUUUCGAAUUCUAAAUUAAUAUGAAUAUCAUAUUAA